AGAGAGAGAGAGAGAGUUGGAGGGAGGUAUAAAACCGAAAAUAUACUCUACUACUGUAUUUAAUUAAAGGAUAUUCCAACAAUACCCUCGAAUAUUCCUUUCCAUCUUAACCGUUAUAUUACUCUCUCCUUUCUCACUUUUCCUCCCCUCCCAAACACGCUCAUUCUCUUCUCCGUUUUCUUCACAUUGAAAUUCAAUUUCAAUUUCAUUAUUUUUUGUGUUCUCUGAGCCAUGAAAUUCGGUAAGAGUUUAAGCAGCCAGAUCGAAAAAACUUUACCAGAAUGGCGCGACAAGUUUCUCUCCUACAAAGAACUCAAGAAGAAGCUUAAGAGCUUAGAACCCGCAUCCGCCUCCGCCGAUGACCGUCCUGUGAAACGUCUUAAAGUUGAUUCCGGCAACGCCGACGCCGGAGAAAUGUCUAAGGAGGAAAGUGACUUCAGAAACUUGUUGGAGAAUGAACUCGAGAAAUUCAAUAACUUCUUCGUUGAGAAAGAAGAAGAGUACAUUAUUAGACUCAAGGAGUUGCAAGAUAGGGUUGCUAAAGUGAAGGAUUAUAGCGAAGAGAUGAUGAAAAUUCGCAAGGAAAUUGUGGAUUUCCAUGGAGAGAUGGUCUUGCUGGAGAAUUACAGUGCCCUGAAUUACACAGGGCUAGUGAAAAUACUGAAAAAGUAUGACAAGAGAACUGGUGCCCUCAUUCGCUUGCCCUUCAUUCAGAAGGUCUUGCAACAACCUUUCUUUACCACCGAUAUGCUCUACAAGCUUGUAAAGGAGUGUGAAACAAUGCUGGACUACCUUUUUCCUGUGAAUGUUCCUCCAGCUGUUGGUGAGAUAAUCCCUGAAGCUGAAGGAUGUGAUCCUUCAACUUCAACCACCACCGAGAGUGAUGGUUUGCUGAUUCCUAAGGAAUUAGAGGAGAUUGAGUACAUGGAGAGCCUUUAUAUGAAGAGCACCGUAUCAGCUUUGCAUGUUUUGAAGGAAAUUAGAAGUGGAAGCUCGACAGUUAGCAUGUUUUCAUUGCCACCGUUGCAAUCAAGUGGAUUGGAAGAAACAUGGAAGAAAAUUCCAGUUUUGGAACAAGAGGCCAAGUAACUUGCUUGGUUAUAUUGAAGAGGGCAAUGCAUGUUAUUGGAUGGCUAAUUUUCCCUUUGUUUUGUCUUCUAAAUUGGACGCCUGUUAUAGAUACUAACAGUGAUGUAAAGAUGGAAUUAAUUUUAUAGAAUUAUAUAGGUUCCAUGUAAUAAAACACCUCUGGAAUUCAAAGAAGUUAUGUUUUGACAUUU